AUGCCUAGCAUUUCUCAUAAUAUAAAUGAAGGCUCCACUGGUGUUCUAACUGCGGAAGUCGUCGCGCCUCACUAUUUCAAAGAUAUCAUUGCACUAUUUUUUGGUAGUAUGGCAUUUAGUUAUGCUGUCGAACUGGUCAAUCUUCAUCGACGUAUUGCUCUAUUCGUAUUGAGUCGAAUUGGCAUGGCAACUAAAUGACUCUUUCAAUGUCGACCAUCGGAUGAAGCUCGUGAAACUCAAGAUAAUUUGAAAGUAAUGCUAACAAAACAAUAUAGAGAUCUUGGACGACCUAAAUGGAGUGAACUCACCGUAACUGUCAUAUUUGUUCUUAUGAUAUUUCUAUGGACAACAAGAGAAUUUUCCGAUACAAUAGGAUGGGGCGUGAUAUUUCAACGCAAAUAUGUCAGUGAUAGUACUGUAGCUAUUCUCUGCGGAAUACUUCCAUUAAUUUUACCAGACAGUAAUCCAUUUAAUCGACAACGUGACUGGAGGUAUCAGCCAAUAAUGAAAUGGGAUAGUUUAGUGCAGCAUGUUUCAUGGGGAUCAAUAAUUCUACUUGGUGCUGGACUUGCAAUAGCCACUGCUUUCGAACAAUCAAAAUUAUCGAAAAGUGUGGCACAAGCUCUGAAUUUUGUAUCUGAUGUACCACGAGCUGCAGCUAUUAUGAUCAUUAUUGUUAUUAGUGGUCUGUUUACCGAAGUAGCAUCGAAUCUAAGUACGGCAACCAUCUUUUUUCCCGUGCUUGACUCUGUGGCAACUUCAUCUGGUAUACAUCCAGCAUUUCUUCUUUUACCAUGCACAUUAGCUGUCUCUUUAGCUUUUAUGUUGCCCAUAUAAAUAUCAUUUUUUAAUAAUGAUGCACCUUGUAUACCAAUAUCAAUAUGA